AUGCGCCGAGCGGAAGCCGGCCCGUUUGUGGCGCGUCCCGCAGUGUACACCUACGGCAUCCUCAUGGACUGCUGCUGCCGCGCGCGUCGCCCGGACCUUGGGCUCGCCUUCCUCGGCCGUCUCCUCAGGACGGGCCUCAAGACAGACCAGGUCGUCGCCAACAACUUCCUCAAGUGCCUCUGCUACGCCAAGCGGACCGACGAGGACGUCGACGUGCUGCUUCAUAGGAUGCCCGACCUCGGCUGUGUGCCUAAUGCCGUCUCAUGCAACAUACAGUAG